UGGGCCGCGAGGGGUGGCGGGGCGGAGCGGGACGGGACGGGACGGGACGGGACGGGAGGGCACCGACGGGCCGGGCCGGGCCGGGACGCGCAGCCCGCCGCCAUGCCCAAUGACUCCCCGGCCUUCGGCGAGCCCCCGGAGGCGCCCGGCCCCGCGGACAAGGCGGGCGGCUUCGCCCAAAUGGCGGCCGCCCCGGCACCGGGGGUCGCCUCCUCCUCCUCGUCCUCCUCCUCCUCUUCCUCGGCGGCGGCGGCGGGGAAGAAGCUGCCGCGGCUGCCCAAGUGCGCCCGCUGCCGCAACCACGGGUACUCGUCGCCGCUGAAGGGGCACAAGCGGUUCUGCAUGUGGCGGGACUGCCAGUGCAAGAAGUGCAGCCUGAUCGCCGAGCGGCAGCGGGUCAUGGCAGCGCAGGUUGCACUGAGAAGGCAGCAAGCUCAGGAAGAGGAACUGGGAAUCAGCCACCCAGUACCCCUGCCCAGUGUCCCAGAGCAGUUCAUUAAGAAGAAUGGUGGUGGAAGCUCUUGUCUCUUGCUGGAAAGCAGCAGCCCUACACACUCCACGAGUACAGCAACAGCAGCAACUAGCACGCCAUCAGAGGGACGGAUGCUCAUUCAGGACAUCUCUUCCAUCCCCAGCAGAGGGCACUUGGAGAGCACGUCUGAUUUGGUCGUGGACUCCACCUACUACACCAGUUUUUACCAGCCAUCCCUGUAUCCUUACUAUAACAACCUGUACAACUACUCCCAGUACCAAAUGGCAGUGGCUGGUGAGCCUUCCUCAAGUGAGACAGGGGGUGCAAUUGUAGGGCCGGCCAUGAAAAACAGCCUUCGAAGCCUCCCAGCAACAUACAUGCCAAGCCAGUCAGGAAAACAAUGGCAGGCGAAGGGGAUGGAGAACCGCCAUGCCAUGAGCUCCCAGUACAGGAUGUGCUCCUACCACCCACCUGCUUCUUACCUGGGCCAGGGGAUUGGCACUCCGGCAUGCGUCCCGCAGAUCCUGACCUCGGAGGACAUCCCCUCGUACUCAGAGUCAAAAGUAAGAGGUAACCAGCGUUGUGUUCAGAAUAAGGACAAAUCAGGAAGCUAAGCUACAAAUGGAAGUUACCACAGAAAUAUGCAAUACUGCAGAAAUGGGAUUUUUUUUUGUUUUGUUUGUUUUUAAGAUAGUGUAUCUCACUUUUGCAGUAACAGGGUGAAUCCAGGCGACUGCUGUUUACUUUCUUUGAUUCCCUUUUGGAUUUGCGUGGCUGUGAAAGUCAAGCCUGUUCUCUUAUUCCUAAUGGAACUUGAGCCCUGCUAGAAACCCCUGGAGCCUGCAAGCACCCAGUGCCCAGAUGUGGAGGAGCUGCUGGCUUGGGCACAGCAGCGCGGUGUGAGGACAGAGCCUUGACUCCGUAUGGCUUGUUCUUGUGCAGUUGUACCAGAUUCAUCAUAGCUUCUAAAAAACAAGCUGUGGUUGUAAAGUAUAUUCUCUUUUAAAAGAUCACAGGCUGGUAAUACUCUCCACUAAACAGUAAAAUCCAGAACAUAAUAAGUAUUGAUGGUUAAGGUGUCAGGGGCCCAUGGAGCUCCCGCUGUGAUUUAGCUCCCUCCGACUGCCUCAACUACCAAUGCAUUUCGCUAAUUACAUCAUAGAUUUUCCUAUUGAUGAACAGAAUCUGAAUUAACACGGGAAGCACCAAUGUUACCCUUUCACUAUUAUUGUUGUACAAGAAGCCGUGGCAGAUGCUGGCAGUUAGUUACACAAACAUUAGUAUUAACGAUUGGCCAUUUGGAAUUGGUGACAAACUGCCGCCCGCCGGAAUCCUGAGCCUGAAACCAAUCAGGAAGUUAAUGAGGAGAGAAAUUACCACUGCAGCUUCCCCUUAAUUAUAUUCACGGUAGGCAGGAAGGGAGUGCUGGGGGUGGAUCUCAACUCAUCUAAGGUUAGGAAGGUCAGAGACCCUUUUACUUGGCUUUUGUAUCUACUGCAAAUUGCAACGUUGCGGCCAUUUCUGGCACUGUAUGAUCUUCAAAUUCUUUAAUAUUUGGCCCCCGCCCCGGUCUGUCCGAGCCAGGACCGCGGGUCCCUGCAGCCUGGGGGGGGUCCUGCGGCCCCCAGCACCCUCCCGGCCUCUCCCCGCGCCUGGGGCUGCGAGUGGGGGGCUCAGCCGCUGUGUUUUUCUCUCUCUUCCCCCUCCCACCCCCCUUAUCCGCAGUGUUUUCGCCGCCCAGCAGCCAGGACUCCGGCCUGGGGUGCCUAUCCAGCAGCGAGAGCACCAAGGGGGACCUGGAGUGCGAGCCCCGCCAGGAGCCCGGCGCCUUCGCGGUGAGCCCGGUGCUGGAGGGCGGCGAGUAGGG